GUGAACUCGUUAUAUAAAUUUCUCUUAUAAAUACAAGAGAUGUGAAUGCAAUUCCACAGAUAGUAAAAUUUAUAAAAUCAAUUAUCAGCAAUGAAAACUGUUGUGUAUCUCUGUUUAUUAGGAGUUUGUAGUGGCUUUCUUUUUAAUUUAAAUACGCAUGGUGGAUCAAAGACAAUUACUGCCAAAACAGAUGUGCGAUCUGAGUGUACUGACUGGGCACAUAAUGGUACAUGUGAUUUUUAUGACUGUUUCGAACAAAGAUUUCCAUGUGGAAGUUCAGGUUAUGCAUUAGGAUAUGGUGGUAAAUACUGCAGAAAAUUUCAACAGCCUCAGUUCAGAAGUUUGUUUAAUACAGCAGGUCAAGUUUUUCUCGACAAGAUGUCAAAAUGCGAAAUGGACGCAGUUUUGCCCUUUUACGAACAGCAAUCCAUAACAUGCUCUACAGAAUACGACCUGGUCUUUAAACAUCAGGAGGACUGUUUCAUUCAGAGUGGUUACUGUGAUGUAGUUUUGGAUAACUUUGAUGGGUUUUUGAAGACCUUAGAUAAAGCAGAUUUUUUGAAUUUUAGAUGGUGUUGAAUGCUGCUAAACGUUGCCAUGUAGAUAUAUCACAGGCAAUUAUCUCUAAAUAUCUCGGCAGAUAGUUGAAGGAGGAACAAAGACAAGAUAAUAUUCAUUUGAAUUGAAAUCAAUAUACUUAUAUUUGAAAUGUUUGGCAGUGUUAUAAUAUAUAUGUAUCCGUUUGUAGUAAGUCAUUUUUGUU